CGUAGAUGUUCCAAAACCAUCCUCUCCAACAAAAAUAAAAAGAGAAUGUUCCAGCACUGUUAUUCUUUUAAGGUCAAUCAUAGCAUUGGACAAACUUUGUUCAUACAAACAGCUGGUAAAUCUCAGCGCAUGUCACGUCAUAAUCCAUUAAUCCUGGCAGUAGUUUUAUAUCCCCAAUGGCCAAAGCCAGAUAUAUAAAGGAUCCUAAACCCCAGAAACCCCGAUCCCAAAACAUCAGUUUUCAAGCUCAUCCAUUCACUGCUUGGAACUCCUCAACAUUGUGCUCCUAGCUGGCUGAUCAGUGAUCUGAUCACACUGGCAGCCUGGUACACCAAUCCAAACUACUACUAGCUCCUUCACAUUGCCAGUUAGCUGCUGUCGCUGGCCUUGUCCAGAGAGGCGCCAUGGGGUGCACCACCUCCAGGCAAGCCCGGCACGACCUCCGCUACUGCCCGUCGCCGCUGGCGCUGCCGCGGAGCCAGUCGUUCCCGGCCCGGUGCCCCAGCGACGCCGGCGUCCACGUGGUCCGGCUCACGUCGUCCACGCUGGGCUCCCUCGAGCUCGAGAAGGCCCUUCCGCGGGCGCCGGAGCCCGCCGCGGCGCGCGCGCCGCUGAGGCUGGCGCCGCGCACGCCCACCAUGACGCCGCCCAACGAGCCCGAGGACAUCGACGCGUGGGCGCUCAUGGCGGGCCUCGAGGACCACUCGCCGCUGCUCGCGGCGCCGUUCGGGCGCCACUCCUUCUCGUUCCCGGUCGCCGCGGCGCCGCAGGAGCUCGCCGCGUCCGCCAAGGUCACGCCGCUGCCGCUGCCACAGCCCCACGCCGCCGCCGCUGCGGUGGACGGCGUCGAGGGGAAGGCGGGAAGAGCGAAGGCGCGUCCUCCGCGCCGGGCGGUGCUGUACUUCACGUCGUUGCGCGGCGUGCGCGCCACGUACGAGGACUGCUGCCUCGCGCGCGCCAUCCUCAAGGGCUAUGGCGUGCGCCUCGACGAGCGCGACGUGUCCAUGCACCGCGGCUUCCGGGACGAGCUCAACGGCCUCCUCGGCGUCCCGGGCGGCGGCGCGCUCGCCAAGUUCUUGGCGCCGGCCGCGCCCGCCCUCCCCAGCCUGUUCGUGGACGGGGAGCUCGUGGGAAACGCCGAGGAGCUGAAGCGGCUGCACGAGGCCGGGGAGCUCGCGGCGAGGCUGGCCGGGUGCGAGAGCGCGGCGGCCGCGGGCGACGCUGGCGCGUGCGAGGCAUGCGGGGACGUGCGGUUCGUGCUCUGCGAGACGUGCUCGGGCAGCUGCAAGGUGUACGUGGACGACGAAAGCGAACAGGAGGAAGACGACGCGUCCGGCGACGAUGGCAGCGGCGGUGGCGGGUUCCGGCGGUGCCCGGAGUGCAACGAGAACGGCAUCGUGCGGUGCCCCGUGUGCUGCUGCUGCGGCUAAGAAGUUUUUGAUAUGACGUGCACAAUUCCUUUUGCCUUGCGUGCGCCACUUUGGAUGUGGUGCACGCUAAGCUCCCUGCGAUUUGUGAAUGACCUUGUUGUAUUCUUGCUUGAUCGACGGUCUAGGAUGAUCGUGGUGUUUCCAUUUGGAUUUUUGGAUGACAUGAGUAACAGAUGCCAAUGCUUCAGUGGUGUUGCCUGAGGAAUUGAACUCUGUAUGUCUAGCCCAAUAACGAACCCAAAUCUUUCGCCGGCCGGAACGGCCGUGGACUGGUUCGUGUACGCGUUCCACCCUUUCUACUCGCGACACGGGUGCGGUGGCCGUUGCCUGGUUGGAGCAGUUGGCCGCGAUUCAAAGCCGG